AUGCCGCGCCCCAAGUUGCUCUCGAGCCAGCGCCAAAGAGCUGCUGAGGCUUGCAAUGCUUGCCGAGAGGCAAAGAAGAGAUGCUCGGGCACGGCACCCUGUACCCACUGCCUGCGUCGCGGGCUGGGCAGUUCGUGUUUCAUCUCCCACCGUCCUCGAGGGAAUCGCCAUUCUGUAGGUAUCGGGACAGGACUAUCGAAUUCGAAGCUUCCGAGCGGUGGACAGCAGCCUCUUGCGACAAGCCCACUAAACACAAGACACAGCACUGGUGCUGCGGUUUUAGACUCAUCAGCCUUCUCCGCCUUCGAGGAUACGUCCAUGCUCAGUCAUUCGACGGUCCCUGUUGUGCCUGAUGGAAUUGCUUUAAUAUCACCCUCGGAGCCUCGUACGAUAGAGGUCGACAAUUCUUCAACAACUGUUAAUGUAGAGCCUCCGGUACAGGUUAUGAGUGAUGUGGACGACUCUAGCGCCUUGUCGUUACUUUCAAUGAAGCCAUCCCCUCGCAUGUUGCUGAACCUGCGUGGCGAGCGAGUAUACAUAGGAGGAGGAGGCUCUCUCUCAUUCCUGCAGGCCGUUAGAGGCAUCAUAUCUGCUCAAGUCGGACCCUCGCAAUUUUCUCGUCAUGGCAAAAGCGAUACCAUGCUGGAGAAGGAGUCGCCGCAAACAAGAGCUCAAGUUUCCAGUCCCAGUGAAAUGAAGAUGGAGGAUAAGCUCAUGUAUGCAAAAUGCUUCUAUGAAGUGACCGGGGGCUUGAUAGACCCUUUCUGUCCACAAGAGAUGGAACAGCUCCUGACGACCUCUGGCGGAGGGAGUCCUCAGAAAAGAGCGCUUGUGCAGCUCAUCAUAGCUGUUGGUCUUCAGUGUGAUCCAUCAGCCGACGCGUAUGAUCGCGAGCUGGCGUACUUUAGCGAGGCCCAGGCCCAAGCCUUUUCUGGGAUGCUUGAAGACCCAGAUAUUGAUAUGGUCAGGAUAUUUUUAAUAAUGUCCUUCUAUCUCCUGGGGGAGUGUCGCAGGAACACGGCUUUCAUGUAUCUCGGAAUUGCUGCAAGAGCCGCGCUGUCACUGGGGUUGCAUAGCCCUGAAACCUAUACAGACAUGAAAGAUUCAAAACACCAACUCAGGUACUCCCCAACCCUCCUAUCUAUUGCAAAGGCUGUCAAACUAAUUCUACAGCUUAGGCUGAGAGUAUGGAUGAGUCUCAGAGUCAUGGACAUUCCCAUCAGCUCCAUAUUAGGCCGUCCGCCUGCCACUGCAGGAGUCCAGUCCGAUUUACAAGGCCUCGUUGAUGACGUAGUUGCCUCAUCCCAGGACCGGGGAAUGAUCUGCCUCGUUGCGUCCUACAAAAUGGUAUCGCUAAUAAGCAAUAUUGUCGAAAAACUCUAUGAUCGGAAAGAGAUCUCUAUUCCCAUGAUAGAGGAAAAUCUACAAGAACUUGAGAAGUGGAGUCAGAGCCUCCCUCAAUUUCUCCGCACUUCGCCUUCACAGACAGACCUCGCCGAUUCCGACGCCGAGAAGAGCGCAAUUGGACGCGUCCACGUAUCCUGUCUCUAUUACUUUGCCGUCACCCUCGUGACUCGGCCCAUACUGGUGUCUACACUGAUCCAGCCGCAGAUUGGGGGAAUGGUACACUCUCAUUUGGCAUCUGCGUGUCUUGAUGCUGCCAUAUUUAUUGUCCAGACAUGUUCUGGAGCCAGGAAGCUUGGGUUGCUGAAGGCAAACAUGGCAACCAUAAUAUCAAUUAUCUUCCCAGCCGGUCUGGUACUCGGCUUCCAAAUCUUUGCCAAGGACGUUGUCGAUUAUGGAAUCGAGUCAGCGUUUCAUGGCGCUAGAGAACUGCUCAACUUCCUGGGAGCCAAGAGCUCUCAGGCGACCUUAUACUACGAUAUCCUAACCUCGCUUUCCAAUGUGAUUAAUGAACGCCGCGAGAAAUCAUCCACAAAGAGUAGGACAGCUUAUGUGUCAAAGUUGUUUAACUUUGAACGACAGCAAUCCGAGGGGCAGGCGAGAGAUGCGAAUCGUGCGGCCCAACCUAGCGAGGAUCAACAGCCCGUGCAAAUGAAUGACUUGUUUGCCACAUGCUCUCUGGGGAACAACACACCUCUGGAAUCAGGGGACAUGUUUCUUGAUUGGGAUAGCCUUGAUAUCUCGUUGUGGGAGAGCUUUCCUUAUUUGACUUGA